CCUGUUUAACAGGUAUGAUGUCAAGUGUGAUGCUGAUGCUCCAGUGACUAAGCCAGCCUCUUCUGGCGCAGACUCUGUCAUCCUAUCUGUGCCUCCAGCUCGGGGUUUCAGAGGAGGGCAUCUCAUAAUCAGGUCACAUUCCACCGAGGAUCCACCAUCCGUCUCUCCCUAAAUCGCGAGACCAGAGAGGGAAGAAGACAAAUAAUCGCUUUGCAAGAGGUGGAGAAAAAAAGACCAAGAUCAGAGAUGAGAGCCCCAGGCUGUUGUCUGGUGCUGCUGUUGCUGUUGGCUAUCGCCUUGGCGGAAGGGGACAGCAAAAGGGGUAAAGACGGAGACCAUCCAGGCAAUUUUAUGGAGGACGAGCAAUGGCUGUCUUCCAUUUCUCAAUACAGCGGCAAGAUCAAACACUGGAACCGCUUCCGAGACGAGGUGGAGGAUGACUAUAUCAAGAGCUGGGAAGAUAAUCAGCCAGUUGAUGAAGCUUUGGACACAACCAAGGACCCCUGCCAGAAAGUGAAGUGUAGCCGGCACAAAGUUUGCAUUGCCCAGGGCUACCAGAGGGCUAUGUGUAUUAGCCGCAAAAAGUUAGAGCACAGAAUCAAGCAGCCUGCCCUGAAACACCAUGGAAACAAAGAAAGCUUUUGCAAACCAUGUCACAUGACCCAGCUUGCAUCUGUCUGCGGCUCUGAUGGACACACUUACAGCUCUGUGUGCAAACUGGAGCAGCAAGCCUGCCUGACCAGCAAGCAGCUGGCAGUGAAGUGUGAGGGCCAGUGCCCCUGCCCGACCGAGCAUGGCCCCACCUCAACCACAGAUGUCAAACAAGAGACUUGUACCGGGCAGGACUUAGCAGACCUGGGAGACCGUCUGCGGGACUGGUUCCAGCUCCUACAUGAGAACUCCAAGCAGAACAGUUCUGGAAACCCAGGGGCUAAUCCAGUGAAUGUGCUGGACAAGAGCCUGGUGGCCAGUUGCAAGGAUUCCAUUGGCUGGAUGUUUUCCAAGCUGGACACAAACAAUGACCUUUUCCUGGACCAGACAGAGCUUGCAGCUAUCAACUUAGACAAGUAUGAGAUUUGCAUCCGGCCCUUCUUCAACUCCUGUGACACCUAUAAGGACGGCCACGUCUCCACUGCCGAAUGGUGCUUCUGCUUCUGGAGAGAAAAGCCCCCCUGUCUCGUGGAGCUGGAAAGGAUCCAGAUCCAAGAAGCAGCAAAAAAGAAACCUGGUGUUUUCAUUCCAAGCUGUGAUGAGGAUGGAUACUACAGGAAGAUGCAGUGUGACCAGAGCAGUGGAGAGUGCUGGUGUGUUGACCAGCUUGGCAUGGAGCUGACAGGAACACGGAUACGUGGAAACCCGGACUGUGAUGACAUAGUUGGGUUCUCGGGGGAUUUUGGGAGUGGCGUUGGAUGGGAGGAUGAGGAAGAGAAAGAGACUGAGGAAGCUGGAGAAGAGGCUGAAGAAGAGGAGGGAGAGGCAGACGACGGAGGCUACAUAUGGUAGAAGCGGAGAAGAGCACAGUUUGGUCGGGAUGCUGGCAGCAAGGCGUGACAGCAGGCAAACUCGAAGGAGAUGAGCAGCUUAAUGAGAUGAUCAGGAAACACAGUUGAAUGUAACUUACUAUAGCAGAAAAAGUGUGUGUGCGCAUGUAUGUGUGUGGAUGCUUGGGGUGCUAUUUACAAUGCCCCAGGGACACCCUGCGUUCUCCCAAUACAGCUGAAAGCACCACUGUAGCAAAGCAAAAGUAAAAAGCAGUCUGCAGUGUUGGUUCAGCUGGGGUUUUUUGUUCCACUUUUAGGUCUGUACUGAUAAAUAUUUGAGCCCAUGGGCACACACCCCCUAGUGUGCACAUGCUCACACAUACCCAUACCCAUAUUCACAGCCAUGUUAACCAGAGUAAAAAAACCCACCAGUAAUUAAUACCUUGUUAUAAAAAUCUGGCUGCUGAGCUAGCUCACCACUGACUUUAGCAGUUGCACACUGCAAAUACCUUGGAAAAUCACAGGAGCAUUUCCCAGUCCGCACUGUAGCACAGGCACUGCCAUGGUUUGAAUGACAGGCUGUUCUAGUGUGCAGUCCUUCACUCGCCUAAAGUUUAGGUGAAGAAUUGUACUGCCACAGUCCAAAUGCAGGACUGUACCCAGUGUGGGUGAGACGGAAUUGUCCUUGGGCCUGUUUGAGAUUCCUGAUUCUUGGGGAAAAUUAACCUGUAAGGAUAUUGCAUCUUGCUGUUGAAGCAGUGCUCUAGUGGUAGGUCAAUGACUGUUAGGCACCUGUGACUUGCUCAGCUACCUUAAAACCAAAAGGGGUAUUGAAGCUUUUUGCCAAACAGAUUGGUCAUGAAUUAAUUCUGCAUCUUCUAGUGGCACCGAAAAGGGGAUCAGACACUUAGACUUGCAGACCAUUUAAAUCAUGGAGCAAAGUUUUGAUCAAUGAUUUUAAUAACCUUAUUGACCUUGCAUGAUGGAAAAAACAAACUGCAUUGACAGGCUCAUUACAAUAAGAGCCCAAGAAAACCUGUUCUGUACCCACUUCCUUCCCAUCCAUCCCCUGAUGUCCAGUGCCAGCUUCUGGCAGUCAGAGGUUUAGGGAUACUCCGAGCUUGGGGGGGUGUCCCUGACCAUCUUGGCUAAGAGCAAUUGAUGGUCUUGGAGAAAGCGUACCUUGCAGCUGGUACAGGCGGGACAAACCAUGACCUAACAGGAUCAGAUAAGCACAUGCUGUCCUUUGAAAACCCGAAAGCUUGGCUGGAACCUGACUCAGAUUGGUAGUGCCCAAAAGCUGUUGCUAAAUGAUACCCAUUAAUGGGGCCAGGUGAAAUAUAUUGGUGGUGUCAGGUCCAUUUAUUAGGGAUUGGCGGGGGAGGGGAAGAGGAGGGUUCAAUGACAAUGGGUGAUCACAUAGACUGCAGCUUUGUCUUGUCCAAAGUAUUGAUUAGAAUUUUGUGUGUGUGUAAGCGAGAUGUGUUGUGGGCUUCAGAAAACUCCUUCCAGUGUUCUACACUUUGCAAAGCUGGGAGCUGCUCAGACCAGUAAAACUAGCUAUAAGGCUGCCCAUUCAGCUUCUUGAAACCAUGGUGUAAUUCCAGCCACAAUUUCCAUGAUCAGUACUAGAAAGCCUCCAUGUUGCAGAAGAUGAGAUGAAGGACUAGUGGCAACAUCACUCCAGUUCGCAUCUUUCCCUGUUCGUGGGAGUAUUCGGCCACCUUCACCCUGCCAGAAAAGGGAAACAAAGUCUGAAAGGUCAGUUUCUUUGUAAGAUGUAGAACACUUUCCUUCCGCUCCAGGAGACAAUGCACUUAUUGAAUGUGAACAAUGCACGUACCAGUGUUUUUUGUCAUUGCUCUCUCUGGAAAGCAACUAGUUUCUUUCUAUUCAGUUUGUGUGCCCAUUACGGGGUUGGGCUGAGGUAUUUUUGGUCACUUUUGAAUAUUCUGUUAGUCACUGGACAAUUGAGAAGCUCUGAUGAGCUGGAAAAGCCAAUGUUUUAGGUUUUAAUACAGAAGAACCAGUUCCCUAAGGACAUGUAUUUAAAGGCAGGAAGAGUAGGUUAAUGGGGCAUAGGAAGCAACUUGGUGAGGAGUAUGGGGACACAGUGCAACUGAAGAUGAAGACAGACCUGAAAAUGAUAUUCCUUCAGUGAAAGAAAAGCCAUCUCCCCAUUUGCAGACCAGCCACCCACCCCCUAUUUUCAGUGCAGCCUCCAUGAUCGCAAACUGGGUGUCUGCUCUUGCCUUAAGAAGGUUGGUUGGCUUUUUUUGAUGGAGAUACUUACAGUGAGCGUGCACGCACACACACAUGAAAAUAAAAAAUAAAAAAAAUAAAAAUAAGGGGCGUAAUCCUAUUCCCAUGACAUCAUUGUAAAUUUUGCCAGGGACUUAACUGGAAGCUGGAUUGGACCCAAGAUAUGUUAAUUUCAGUUUGAUGGACUGGCCCCCAGCAAUCAGACGCUGAUAUUGUAUGUGUGGCCCUGUGAGCAUAUGGGUGUGUGCCUUGAAAGCCUGUGCAUGUAAACAUGCCCCAGUGCAGCGAGAGAGAGUGUGUGGAUGUGGGUGUGUGGUAAAACAGCGGCAGCCAGCUUGGCUUACGUUGGGUAUUCCAGAUCUUAUGUGACAUUAAGUCUAAAAGGCUGAACCAGAAGCUCAAUUUGCUACUGCAUAUUCUUAAAUUUUUUUUUUUUAAAUCUAAAAUCCCAGUAAACCCAAGUAACAUGCUUGCAAUGAUCCCAUAUUAGAGAACACUGUUAUGUAGCCAGCUGUGAUAAUAAAUGCACCUUGCUGUGUGGAACGCUU